GUACCCACAAUGCAACGUAUCAAGACGAGCUCUGUUCGCCACGUCUGUAUUUAUGAAAGAAAUUUGUCAAAGUCGGCAAAAAUAAGUGCUAAGAAACCAUUUGGUACACCAACCACAAUAACCCACGCUUUAGUUGACUACCAGAACCCACAGCUGCCAAGCCAGUCGGCGCGUGCGUUUAAAGGGCGCUAUACAUUGCCAACUUGCAACCUUGCGGUUUGGAUCGAAACAAAAUGGCGGAGAACGAGAUAGGAGAAUGGUUUCGUGGAAUUCCUCUUAUUACAAGAUAUUGGUUUCUGCUGUCCGUGGUGUUUCCUCUUUUGGGAAGAAUAGGCAUUCUUCACCCAUUGUACAUGAUUCUGAAUUUCGAUCUGGUUUUUUACCGUUUUCAGAUAUGGAGGCUUUUGACAGCAUUUGUAUACUACCCUAUUACACCUCAGACAGGCUUUCACUACCUCAUCAAUAUUUACUUUCUCUACUCAUAUUCAACCAGAUUAGAGUCAGGUCUAUUUGAUGGCCGGCCUGCUGAUUUUCUAUUUAUGCUUCUGUUCAAUGGAAUUGUACUUCUUAUAAUUGGCUUUGUUGCCUCUAUACCAUUACUGAUGGACCCAUUGGUUCUUAGUGUUCUUUACAUCUGGUGCCAGGUCAACAAAGACACCAUUGUGCAAUUCUGGUUUGGAAUGCAGUUCAAGGCUAUGUACCUCCCCUGGGUCCUUGCCAUCUUCAAUAUGAUUAUUCAAGGAGGUGGUUUUAUGGAGUUGAUUGGCAUCUUUGUUGGCCAUGUCUAUUUCUUCUUGAUGUUCAAGUAUCCUCAAGACUUUGGUGGCACAAGAUUUAUCAGCACUCCGUCGUUCUUUUACAAGUACCUGCCAAAUCGUCAGGGCGGAGUUAGUGGGUUUGGUCAAGCACCAGCAAGUCGGCGACCAAGGACCGAUGAUGAUGCAGGAGGUGGGUGGGGCCGCAGAUGGGGGCGUGGACAAAGGCUUGGUGACAACUAGACCAAUCAUUGCUAGACCUAGCUUCGUCAUCUGUAACCAACUUGUAUGCCAAAACUUAAAGUUCAACAACUUUCCUUUUCAUAGACAUUGCAUAAUGUGUAUACUUGGAAGUAAAGAGUUUUGUGAAGUAUCAAAUAAAUGUUUUUUUUUGUGUCAGAGGUUGAGGCUCUUUACAGGGCUGUAGCAAAUGGUGAAUCGGGAAAGUUGUUACAGGUGGGACUCUUGAAACCCAUACUGAUUACCCUUUUGUGUGAGCUCUUCAUUUGGGUCAUGUUGCCCUUCAAUGAUAUAAUCUCUGUCAGAGUGAUUUUGCUUCAGUCUUAGUUAUAACCACAUUCCAUAGCAGGGCAGUAGCAGGAGGGGUUCUGGGGGUAUAUACCCCCGCUCCUCUUCAAAUAUUUACAAACAUUAUAAGGUAAUGACCAGUAAGGACAUGGCUGUGUACCCCAAUAUUUUGAGGCCUGCUACAGUUCUGCACAGCCCUUCCCUGUCCAGAGGCAUUUCUCCAUAUUAAUGUUUUGUAAAUGUUUUUUUUAGAAAAAAAAAGGCAACUGACCAUGUAAAGGCUUUCUUCUUUACUGAAAAAUGUAUAUUUAAGAAAUGAAAUAAAUCAGUUUUCCAGCUA